AUGGAUAGCAGCGAUGGAAGCCCCGGAACUGGGAACGUCAUGUACAUUUCAACUGAGCGGCGUCUAUAAACCACUACAAAAAUUUCUCGAUACAACAACACACACGCCAAAUCAGGUCAUCGCUGCUCAACACGCCUGUCCAUUGGGUCUAUCUGUCGAGGAGUUCCUCGCAUUUGGGCAUCUCCGAGCUGGGAACUGGUUGCAAUGGCGAAAUAUCAUUCGAGCUCUACGAACUCAAUCUCUUACAUUCUCCGAAUCUAGUGUCUACUUCCUGAUCCUUCAAGCGAUUUGGCAGGCAGGAACGACGGGCACUGAAGGCAUCUACCGAGAGGCCCAUAGCGACCUCUUGGAUGAAGAGUUUUGUCUUCAAGCCUUGAAUGAGCUUGAACUUAUAGUUGAUAAUAUCGGUGACAAUUGGAUGCAAGUCUUCCUCUUGGCAUUGGUG